AUGCAUCCGGAAAUCGGUCAUACGUACGAAUUAUCAAACCACACGUGUCGAUUAUGUUUGGGAGGCAACGAAGAACUCGAGCCGCUCCAUGCUGCAUUGACGGAAAACGAGAUGGUCAACGUCAUCGGUGGCUUGUUCAAGAUAGAUCUGGAAGAAAAUUGGCCUUUCCACAGCGCUUGCAUGAAAUGCAUCAAGGAAGUUCGCGUGAUUGAAAGUAUUCGCUCCGAAAUCUAUGAAAAAAAUCGAAUAUUCGAUGUGCUUUGGACCCAGUACAAGCGUAUCCAUCUAGAAGCCAAUUCGACUAACAAGGGCAAAAAUUCUGCAUCGAAGGAAAACGUAAAUAACCUACCCGCCGAAUAUGUCAUUGAAGAACUGGUGGUGGAGAAGACGGAGAUGGAUAUGCUACAGCCGGAUAUGUUACUAAAGGAGGGAAACAAUCAGUCUGACAUAAUUAUUAAGCUGGAAGAACAUGACGAGGAGGAACUUAUGUGCGAAGAGAUGACGCUUAACGAAAGCGAUCUGGACAUCGAUGAGAUUAUUGAAGAGGAAAAGGAUGAAAUGAACGAUACGAAUGAUGGCAGCAUGACUGAAGAACUCAUGGCAGAACAGGAUGACACUGUGCAAGAUGUAGCAGAAAGCGAGUCAGAACAUCGCAAUGACAAUUUGUAUGAGGUUGUUGAUGCUGAAGAAGGUUCGUCUGAUGGUGAAGGUUAUUUUGAUGGAACGAACAUUCGCUGCUACAUUUGCAUGGAUUCACCAGAUUCGGAAAACACACUGGAGGAACAUUUAAACGUUGCUCACCAAGAUUUGUUGCCAUACCAUUGCAACAAAUGUCUGCUGCAGUUUGAUUCCUUGCACGAUGUGAAUCAGCAUCUCAUCACACACGUGUAUCCAUUCGUUUGUUUAUACUGUCCAAAGAAGUACUGUAGCGAGGAGUUACUGCGCAAGCACAACAAGGAAUGUUACUCGUACCGCUGCGUCUUAUGUUCGGCCGAGUUCGCCAUCAAGACACAUCUGAACGCACACAAAAGGCAGCAUACGGCAGAGCAACGGAAUAAGCAUAAGUGCAGUGAUUGUGGACGUACGUUUCCACAAGCAAUCAAAUUACGACGCCACACUCAAUCGGGCUGUACCGGCCCAAAGGAUGUACAAAUGCGCAAAACCGUACGCAAACGCGCGCUGGAACCAAAGGCUACUUCUGGUGCAAUGAAACGCUCUACGAGCAAAAUGGCUAUAAAUCUGCUCAUAUGUCAGGUGUGCAAUAGGAAGUUUGACAACAACUCCUUUCUGGCGCGCCACAUCGAGCGUGAUCAUUCCGAAUUUCGGCUUACCCUUUUUCCAUGCAACAUUUGUUCGAAAAAGUUUACCUCGUUCGAAAAAAACCUACGCCACCAGGCGUACCAUCGCCGUGCGACGGUAAAACCGAACGAAACGAAAAAGGCGAAAGAAUCGGAAACGGUGUGUAAAAUUUGCAACAAAAUGUUCCGCAUCGACCAUCAGCUGUUGCGCCAUCUCACCGAGGAUCAUUCGCUUACACUCGAACUGUUUGAGUGCGAUCAGUGUCCGCGCAAGUUUUCGACCGAAUUCAAGCUACGCAAGCAUCAGUACAACAGCCACCGGGAGAAUAAACCGCUGUUCGUGUGCUCACACUGUGGGCAGAAGUUCGAAAAGAAGCUUACGCUGAAGGACCAUGAAACGAAGCACCUGGGGACGCCGGCGUACAAAUGUGACGUGUGCGAUAAGACGUUCAUUCACAAGCAUAGUCUCGAUCGUCACGCGCUGGUCCACAGUGACGAGAAGCAGUUUGCAUGUGAUUUCUGCGGCAAGACGUUCAAACGCAACACGACGUUGGUGGUCCAUCGACGAAUACACACUGGAGAAAAGCCGUAUCAGUGUGAACCGUGCGGUUUGCGCUUCAUCGAUUCCAGCACACUGAUAAAACACCGCCAAAGGGCACACAUGAAAGCGGAAUGA